CAGCAACUGCAGCAGCAACUGCAGCAGCUCAGCGGCGAGGACAGCGCACUCCCGCUGCUGCAGCUGCUGCUGCCCUCGCUGGGUCCCAUGCAGCAGGAGCAGCAGGAGCAGCAGGAGCAGCAGGAGCAGCAGGAGCAGCAGCAGCAAGAAAAAAGAACCGCAAAACGCGCUUCCAAGCAGCAGCGGCAGAAGCAGGAGCAGCAGAAGAAGAAGGUGACGACCGAAGCUGCUGCUGCUGCUGCUGCUGCUGCUCCGCUGACAGCAGAAGAAGCAGCAGCAGAAACCCUGCUGGACUCUCUGAUGGCUGCCAUGGCGGCCGAGGACUCCCCAGACUCAGCAGCAGCAGCAGCAGCAGCAGCAGAAGAGGAAGAAGAGGAAGAAGACGAAGAGGAAGGCGAGCCCCUGGGCGAAGAAGAGGAACCCUGCCGCUGCUGCCGGUGCUGCAGCUGCCAGCUGUGGGGGCCCCCCUGGGGGACUGGCUGGAGCUGCUGCAGCAGUUUGUGUCUUUGUCGAAUUUCUUUUUUGCUGCUGCUGCGCUGCUGAUAGAAAUGGGAGAAGCAGCAAUUACGAAGCUGCAGGUGCAGCAGCUGCUGCAGGGGUACAGCUCGCUGCUGCAGCGGGGGGCCCUUGCUUCUCUGGGCGUGGUGGCCCAGGGGCCCCCCCCCGAAGACAUGGGGGCCCCCACAGUUAGCUGCAAGCAGCAGGGAAUGACUUGCUGCGUCCCUCUUGCUGCUGCUGCUGGCUGGCAGCAAGAACCUCUUUACCUCAACAGCAGCAACAGAGGAGAGUGCCGCGCAGCAUUUGUGUCCCGUUUGAACCAGCUCUGCGCCUCCACAGCUUACCAGGACUCUCCCUGCAACAUCUUGGUCACAACCAAAAGCAGCAGCAGCAGCAGCAGCAGCAGCAGCGAUCUUUGUGCUAUUAGGGUUUAG